AUGCCCGGGGCUCUACGCAGUAUCUUCAAAGUGUCACAAGUGCGUGGCCGUCUAUUCAAAGCUCAAGUGCGACGGCUGAGUCUUCUUGAAUAUCAUUCGCACAAAUUACUCAAAGAUUUUGAUAUUCCGGUACCUCGCGGCUUCGUGGUCGAGACACCCGAGGAAGCCAGGGAAGUGGUCGCCAAGAUCAAUGCGCCCUCUGUGGUAAAAGCUCAGGUCCUGGCUGGGGGCCGCGGAAAAGGCAAGUAUGAAAGCGAUGGGAAAGGGGGAGUGCGCAUCAUGAGCUCAGGGAUCGAGGCGUUUGAGAACGCAUCCAGAAUGAUCGGGUACUACCUCGAAACGAAACAGACUCCGCCAGGCGGUCUCCUCGUCAAGAAACUGUACAUUUACAAAGCGGUCGAUGUCGCACAGGAGUACUACGUCGCUUUGACGUUUGACCGCGACCGGUCCAUGCCAGUUCUGUUGAUCUCCAACGUGGGAGGAGUCGACAUCGAAUCCAACGCGGAUAAAUUGGAGCACUAUUGGUUCGACAUGACUCACGGUAUCACGGAUGAAAUUGUCGCGUAUAUCCAAGCGCAGCUUGGCUUUUCGGAUCAAGAGAUGGGCGUGAUUAGCCACAUUCUCCGUCAGAUGGUGAAACUUUUCCGCGAAAAGGAUGCGACUCUGCUCGAGUUGAACCCACUGGUGCGAACCUGUGAAGGACAGUUUGUCUGCCUGGAUGCCAAGUUCACCUUCGACAAUUCUGCUCGAUUCCGACAAGCAGAGAUCUUCGGCCUUGAAGAGCACCUGCCAGACGAAGAGGAUGAAUACGAGGCGUCCCAGGCGGGCCUCUCCUACGUUCGACUCAACGGAGACAUUGGGAACCUUGUCAACGGGGCUGGCCUGGCGAUGGCGACAAAUGACUUGGUGAGCUUGUACGGAGGAAAGUGUGCGAACUUCCUCGAUGUCGGCGGUGGUGCGACCCGGCAGACCUUACUGAAGGCGUUUGAGAUUUUGAAUCGCGACACGAGGAUUCGUGGCAUAUUGAUCAACAUCUACGGCGGCAUUGUGCGAUGUGAUAUGAUUGCCGAAUCCAUCGUGGCCGCCGCGAAACAAUUAAAAGGGUUCAAAGUUCCGGUGGUGAUUCGACUGCAGGGCACCAACAGCGACCAGGGUCUCGAGCUGGUACCACACCUCUUUUCCCCACUGACCAUCUAUUCAAGCGUCAUGAGAUGGAAUAUUGAGACGGUGAUACUGAUCUCCGGACGCCAGAUUGCAAAAUCCGCGCUAGACAAUGUGAUCGUCGAGCCGGACUUUGAGCUCGCCGCCGAGAAGAUCGUCAACGCCACGAAACAUUCACCCCAGCGUGGAUGA